AUGCCCCACGCAGAAUCCCCGGAGUCGCAAUUGACGUCCAGAGAGCAAUUCUUCGUCAAUGACGGGCCUUUAGCUUCCGACCAGUAUGCCGAUUUGCGGCCGACUUCGCUGGACACUCCAAUUGAGGAGGCUCGCAGACGGUUCCGCGAAGACGGAUACCUCUUUGUAAAAGGCCUCUUGCCGCGAAAGGACGUGCUCGCGGCGAGAGAGGAAUAUUUCAAGCUCCUUUCCCCGUGCGGCGUUCUCAAACCAGGCACCAAGCCCGUCGAGGGCAUCUUCGACGACACCAAGGACAAGCUCGACUUCCCUGGGAUUGGAGCUGGCUUCACAGAUUCCAAUGGCCGCCCAACGGGGCCGCAUCCUGAAGUGGCUGCGUUGUUUGUCGAUCUAGCUCUCCAAGCACACACCGAGAACUGGUACAAGGAGGAUUUCUGCAAACAUCCAGCGUUGCGGAAUUACGUCGCGCAGCUUACGGGCUGGGGCGAUGACACGCUGGGGAUCCGAAGGACACUCUUGCGGAACAACACUCCGGGAAAUAAAGCGAUCGGAGUACACUACGAUCAGAUUUUCCUGAGAUAUGGCGAGGACACUGCAAUCACUGCUUGGGUGCCCAUGGGAGAUGUCUCCAGGCAGGGCGGCGGCUUGAUAUACCUCGAACAAGGACACACUCUUGGUGCCGAGAUUGAACGGGAUUUUACGACCAAAGCGAAGGCUUCAGGGUUGACGGACGACGAGGCCAAGAGCGCCUUUAAUCAAAACAUGAUGAGCGGAGGCCUGCUGGCCGAUGGUCCGGCUGAGUUUGGGAAGCGGUGGAAUCGCCGCUGGCUGUUGACGGCAUACGAGGCUGGCGAUGUCGUGUUACACAACGCAUAUGCGAUCCAUGCCUCGACGAUCAACCAUGACCCGGAGAACAGGAUUCGAUUGGGUACAGAUCUAAGAUUUGUCAACAAGUCUCGUCCAUGGGACACCCGGUGGGCCAACGACUAUGCAUUUGGAGAUGGUGUUUGA